AUGGGGGAUAAAUCAACGGUGACUGCCUUCUCUGCAGACAGCACAGAGCUUGACAGUUUCUUCAACAAUCCGUCUACCACAGCAAUACCAGAUGACUCGAUUAGAGAUGUUGACAUAGAAGGUCGGAGGUGUUGCAACAGCCAGCGAUUAAUCGUUGGAAUUAUCGUCCUUCUCGGUGUUAUAUGCCUGAUUACUGGGAUAGUUCUUCUUUCGUUGGCAAAGGAAAGGAAAGAAUGCGAUGUGAAAACAACGUCAAAUCCACAAAAAAGGGAAGAGAAAAAUAUAAAAGCUGUUAACGCUUGUGCACCAUCAAAAGAAGCUAUGAGGGUCUCUUUGUAUAAUCUUCUUGACUCAGUGCAAGCUAAGGCUUUCGAACUAAAUCCAAAUAUGUUGCUUUACAAGCCACAAGUUACCAAAGAAGAGAUUCGCCAAAAUUGCAAACCUUAUGACCCGACCCCCUCCGAAAUCAAACGAAGAACCGACGAAGCUUGGCGAUUGCUUGCGAAAAUAAACGACACUGACAUCGACUUAGCUAAAUUGAAGCCUAGGGAGAGAAAGGCUAUAUCCCAGGCUAAGUUAUACCUUCGGCAUGUCUUCGGGCUUCCCUAUGGCGCGAAUUACUACAACGCCGAUUGGAUGUUAGGCCCGAAUUUCUUCUGCUGGCAUCCGAUCUGCUAUAUUGGCCAAGAGAUGUCUGGUCACCUGGCGUCAUUUGCGCCUAAAAAUACAAGCGAUAUGGACGCCAUUCGUGAAAUCCUGAAGGCGUACAAGAAAUCGAUCAUUCAGUAUAUCGAAAAUGUAAAACUAGGAGUCAGAUCCGGUAUGGUUGGCUCGAUAGAAGACUGUCGAGCGGGACUGGACGUGAUGAAGAGUCGAUUCAGCCAGAUUGCCAUAAGUAAAGAAGGUAUGAGACAGCAAAUCUUAGUCAAGUGUAGGUCAAUAACAAGAGUGAAAGCGGCCAUCUUAUAAAAACAAGAGUUACAAAUUAGCCGGCUUACAUAGCCUGAAUUGAGAGGAGGAAAACGAGGCCUUAACUGAAGGGAAUUGCUUUCGCUGGAUCCUUUUUUUUUCUGUAACUUCCUCGUUACAUCUCAAAUCAGAUUUAUCCAAAAAAUUUACACCACGAGGGUUGGGUAAAAUGAGUUAACACUUAAAAAGGCACUAAAUGAGUAAAUAUUACCGUAAAGAUAAAAGACUGUUUUAGCAUCUUACUGGCCUAUAGGUGUGUAAACGUCUUCAGUUAAUUAUCAAUGAAUAGUCUACAAAUGGUAACAGCUAUUUUUUUUAAAAGGUUGGAAAUCUUUUUACAUUAUCUUUUCACAGGGGUCCUGAAAGAAACCUUUGUGAAGGACAUUUUGAAGCCGUCUUUCUAUGAAGACAUGACACAAAAAAUGACAGAGGAAUGGCAAAAACGGACAGGCAAGACAAUAACAGAUACGAUGAAAGAAUACUUGAUUGAGAAUAUCGGCGCGCCAGUUAAUGACUUGCUCAGGUAAUAAGUCGAUCUUCCAUGUAAAGUCAAUACCCUUUCACUCUUAACGGUGAUGGUAGUAAAAACUUAAUAUAUAAUUCAGAAUUUCUUUUCGAAAGCUUCUAAGAUUUAUUUACUAAAAAAUAUGCAAACGCGGCUGCCGAGGUCUCACUCCAAUGGUUAUACCAUAGGAUUUUGCCCACAUAUUUAAAAGGCAGUCCUUACCCAGAAAUACUCUAACUAUAGUUUUGGAGUGAAAGGGUCAGUACUCUCACCGAUUUUUGUACGACUGACUCGUUUUCUUUACUGUUGGAACACUUGAAUCAUUAAAAAUAUUGACAUGUGCGACAGUGGUCUCAGUGGUCUACGACGAGCCUGAAGAGAGCUCACUGAGAUAUUAUAUGUGACAAUAUUGACCAAUAUUUUCAUAUUAUAUGCAAUGAAAAACCAUCUAAAACGGCCAAAAUCAACAUGAGGGGGGUAGUGGGGGGUUAUAAGAAACCUUACCGUCAAGUGACGGAUUUCAACCAAUACGCCAAACUUAAAGCAGUCGUAUUUGAAAAUGAAGUAGAAAAAGAGGUUAAGGUGAAAGAAGAACCUCCUUCCUUUCCUUUGCAUCUCGGUAAAUUCAAUGAAACGUUUUUCCUUCACGUUCGCUUGAUUUCAUUUGCGUUAGGCUGUAAAUAGAUGGCUCAACCGCUCAUUUUAAGAGACUGCCACAGUUAAAUUGUUGUUUCUUUAACCCUUUAAGUCCCAAAAGUGACCAACAUAAAUUUUCUCCUAACAAUCUAAAUACCUGAACAAGAGGAAAAGUCAUGAGAAUUAAUUAAUUGAGCACUUAAGGGGAACGUGCUUUGAUCUGUUAACAAAUUCUCUUAACUAGGAAAAGUAUGGAAGUCAGCCUGGAAAAUUUGUAUUUGGGUAUUGAGGCUUAAAUGGUUAAAAACUAGUCUUAUCCAUAAUCCUUUUAUCAAGGACCACUGUUUACUCUGUGUUUCCUCAGCUACUUGGGGGAUGAGCACAUGCGUCACUGCGUCCCAAGCAACAUAUCAAGCGGUCUUUAUAAUCUUCCUCUGAAGUACAUUUAUAUUAACGGCAAACCCGAUAUGUCAAAGCCGACUGACAGAAAGCUGCCAACAGGGGAGCCCAUUAGUGGCACACAGACCCAUGAAAGUAUUUUGUCCUUCUUUAUCACAAAUGACAUGACUCCAGACGAAGUUUACAAUAAGGGCUGGGAGAUGGUGAAUAAGACAUACCCUCAGGUACGGUGCAAGAGCUUCUGCUUAAUGUUAUGCUAGAUCCUACUAGGGAAGGACUUGAAAUGGCUGUAUUUCACAAUGCAAAUUUAUUAUUCCUGAGCAGGUUCUUGUCGUAAGAUCUACACUUGAAACAAGUGCAGAUCCAUCUUGGCGCACUUUUCGAAAGAUCGAGAUUGCCUCAUGCAAAGUAAAUCCGUAUUUUGGAAUCCUGGAAAUUUUAGCUGGUGGAAUCCGGAAUCCUAGGCUUUGGAAUUCGGAAUACAGCCAAAAGAGUUCGGAAUCCAACUAUAAACGAUUGGAAUCCAGGAUACAAGUUCCACUGACAAAAAAAUCCGGAAUCCAGUACCUGGAAUCCACAAUCCAAGAUUGUUUUGCCCAGUGGGGUUCCGUUCCAUGUGGUCAAUCGAGUCGGAGGUCAUCAAAAAUUAAUGGUUGUAAAGAUGAACAGUGUAGUGAAAUACGUUAUGUAGGUAUUAAAAGUGUUUCGAGAUACCGCUGGCUGAGCUGCAUUCAAUCUUUUCGGAUCCAUAAAGCAUCCGGUUUUUGAAUAGGAUCAAAAUAAUUCACCUCCGUCAGGAGCCCAUAUCCCUCCGUGGUGGAUCAUUUGGAUCAAUAAGUGUCUUGAUUUUUCUAGCAAAGAAAAAACCUCGAAAUAUCCGUUUUCAGUUAAAAAAACUUGAAUCUAAAGCAAGAGGGCAAUUCUCGCGUUCUUGGAUUUUCCUUUUCCUCCUCAGUCCAAACUAUGACUCAACUAUCGCCGCGCAGGAUGCUUCUCCUCGUAAAUUAUUACAGAUAUCAAUUUUUGCGUUGUUUUUGACACAGAUCCUUGCUCUUGCGCGGAAAAUAACAGGGCUUGAAGACACUGAAGCUGCAGUGAAGCAGUUCAAGGCAAAGAUAUCAUCUCAGGACAUGUACUUUAACAAAGAACCUUUCCCUGCCAAUGAGACGGGUUCUGACGCCUUCAAACGUUGCAGUACCAUCAAAGGUGCCAUGGAGUUUUGUCCGAAAAGGUGGGAAGCCUUUCAAAUGUGGCUCAAAGCAUCCAGAGAGGUAAUAAAGUCUGAAACUUGUUCUUGGAUAAAUAGUGACUCCCUUGAUUCUACAUUUUUGUUUGACAAUUUUUUUUUCAUUUAUUGUCACCCUCUUUUGUUUGCAGGCAAUGAGUUUCUUGGAACCAAAAACAAUACACAUGUUUUACUUCACCGGUCAAAAGCAAACCACGCCCAGUUGUCCCGUACAACUUGCCCCUGAUUUCAACCCAUCGUCUGCUGCUCAGAGCUACGACAAUAGUGCGGCGGGUGAGGCUUGUAAUGAAAAUUGUAGGUAUGUAAGAAAUAUUAAAAUCGUUUCGGUUAUUUUACCUUUACUCUAAGUCUUUAGCGGCUGUGAUCCAGUACAAAGGUUUCCACUCUAGUGUCAUGUUAGCAUAGUUAUAUCAGGGGAAAUUUUAUGUUUUAGGCUACAUUAACACAAUACCGGAUAACUUUUGCUCCGCAACGAAAAUCAUACAGGAUAAGGCUUCUGUUCACAAACAAGAACGAUCGAGGCGGCACAGUCGGUAGGGUAGAAUUAACCAAACAAUCUGAGACAAGUGGCUUAGGCUAGGUUUACACUAGAGGAGAUUUUUCCGGGUCCGUGAUGUCGGUGAUUUCUGUGACGCAGUGAAGUUGCACCGCGCCGACUCGAAAGUUAGGCGUCACAUAUCGGACAGCUUUUGUGUUAUACUUUGGCGAAGUGUGAACGUCACGGAAGUAAAUAAGUAGGAGCGAGACCUGAAACCCAUUGAGACGGAAGUAAAUAUUCAGAGGACUGGAACUAUUUAGUGCACCAAACCCUCUCGGCCAACCGCGCCGGCGUCGUGUUCGAUGUGCUUGAACGAUUGUUUGAUCGUUUUGCGCCGCCCCAGGCCGUUGCUGUUCACACUCACAUACCAGAUAGCGUUUCGUGGCGCCAAGAAAUGCUAUUCGGUAUAGUGCUAGACUACGAGUAGUCCCCCAUUUUUCCAUAGUAGAGCGCGCGAAACGCGAGCGCGCGUGAAAAUCACCCCACGCGAGAAAAGGCGACACGUGUGGGGUGAUUUUCACGCACGCUCGCGUUUCGCUCGCUCUACUACCCUGAGGAAAAAUGGGGGACUACUUGUAGUCUAGUAUAGUGCGAACAUUGCCUUACAGUAACACAAUUUACACAAUCAAGUCCCUCGUGGGAUAUUUCACGGUAUCCCACUCGAAAGCACCUGCAUAACUAGAAUAUAAUUAUCUACUCUAUUUUUUGCAGGUAUAAUAUCCCUUUCUUUCUUGAUAAUAUGGGUCCACUAUUUAGCGAAUGGAGUGUGAACGCUCACGAAGCCAGGCCUGGACACCAUACACAGGUAGAUCAGUGUUAUUUCUUCCAAACCUGAGUGCUUUAUCUGAUCAUGAUCUGUUGGUUUUCUUUUAUCUCAGUCUUAUUCUGUGCGUCGUUUUUGUUCCCAAAAGCUCUGAAUUGUACUACAUACGCAGUCGCGGGAUCUUUAAUUAGGUUAAGAGAGUGGAACAAUGGCUAUGUAAUAGUAACACAUUAUUUCAGCAAAAAGUAUCACAAAUUAAACUUUUCCACUUUGACCCUAAAUAGAAAAUCUGUUUUGGUGAAUAAAGGAGGGAAUGUGGUGAAACGUCAAUAUAACUAAGCUUGCAAUUCUAUCGAAGCUUCGAAUUAAUGACCCACCCGCAUCACUGUAUUUCUCUGGUAUCGACUUCAGUUCCUCAACUACGCUUGUAAGAAGCCAACUGGUUUGUCUCCAGCCAGUUAGGAUUCGCAAACGUUAGGUUUCAUUGAAAUUAUUGCCAGCAUGGUUUGCAGUUAUUUGAUGGGUACCACUAUCGCUCCAUGUAAAGGAAUCCAGAUUUCCGAGUCCUGGAAAUUUUUGCUUGUGGAAUCCGGAAUCCUAAGUUUUGGAAUCCGGAAUAUACAGCUCAAGGAAUCCGAACUCCAUUAACUGGAAUCCGGAAUCCAGGGCGUGGAAUCCAGAAUCCAAGACUGUUUUACAUUCCCUUACAUUGGGUGACCACUAACGUUGGUGAGUCCGUGUUAAGGCGAUGUUUUUUUUUUAUUAUUAUUUUUUAAUCAAUUUUCCUCGGAUUCAGGUUCAAGGCUUUGCCGAACACUUCAUGGAUAAUUGUGGUGGAGUAAUCAGCUGGAUAAACCAGGUUUCCCAGUCCAUAGAGUUUGCGGAGGGCUGGGGAUUAUACGCCGAAAUGCUUAUUGCUGAUGACACUGAUUCUUAUGACGACAACCCUUUGCAAAAAUAUGGAGCACUCAAAUGGAGGGUAGGUUGUUUUUUUGUAAAGGCAGUCAACUAAUGUUGUCCCACUGUAAGUCCUUACCUUCAGUUUUAUUUAUGCAAGUCUUGGACCUACACUCCAAGCUUCCUUAUUCAAAUCAACUCUAUCUGACUUAACUUUACGUAAGAAUUCUACACCGGCCCUCUCUGCUACUUUAUUGUCCACUCUUCUAAGUCCACUCCACUCCACUCCACUCCACUCCACUCCACUCUACUCUACUCUACUCCGCUCCACUCUACUCUACUCUACUCCACUCUACUCCACUCUUCCAAUUCACCCCACCCCACCUAAUUCUACUCUACUCUACUCCACUCCACUCCACUCUUCUCCACUCUAUCCUAGUCCACUCUACUCCACUCCUCCACUUCACCCCACCCCACCUCAUUCUACUCUACUCUACUCCACUCGACUCCACUCUACUCCGAUCCACUCUACUCUACUCUACUCUACUCUACUGUACUCUACUCAAGUCUACUCCAUUCAAACUCCACUCUACUCCACUCCUCCACUUCACCACACCCCACCUCAGUCUACUCUACUCUACCCUACUCCACUUCACCCCACUCCACUCCACUCCACUCCACUCUACUCUACUCUACUCUACUCUACUCAACUCUACUCUACUGUACUCAAGUCUACUCCAUUCAAACUCCACUCUACUCCACUCCUCCACUUCACCACACCCCACCUCAGUCUACUCUACUCUACCCUACUCCACUUCACCCCACGCCACUCCACUCCACUCCACUCCACUCCACUCCACUCCACUCCACUCUGCUUUACUCUACUCUACUCUACUCUACUCUACUCUACUCUACUCUACUCUACUCUACUCAAGUCUACUUCAUUCAAACUCCACUCUACUCCACUCCUCCACUUCACCACACCCCACCUCAGUCUACUCUACUCUACCCUACUCCACUUCACCCCACUCCACUCUACUCCACUUCACUCUACUCCACUCUACUCUACUCUACUCUACUCAACUCUAAUCUACCCUACUCAACUCCAAUCAACUCUAAUCUACUCUACUCAACUUCAAUCUACUCCUCUCCUCUAGUCUACACCCCCCCCCCUAACUCCACUCUAUUCCACUUUACUCUUCUCCAAGAUCCGCUCCUCUUCACUCCACUCUCCUCCCCACGUUACUCCAAUCCACUAGACCCCUUUCUACUCCUCUCCACUCCACUCGAUCAAGAGGCCGAUUUUGGUCCUUUUCCCUUUUGUACUUUUUGGCAGCGUAAAACAAUAAAAGUUAUCUGAAGUUUUAUGGCCUCUUGGCUGAAGUAAUUAUCCACAUGUCGUUUUCUUAGCUAUGGCGCGCACUUCGUCUUGUGCUCGACACAGGCCUCCACAGCAAGGGAAUGAGUCGACAAGAAGGACUGGACCUACUAGCUAAAUAUGCAUGGGACACUUCCGAUAUUGCACAGAAAGAGAUGACUCGAUACCAGUCCGGCCCGGGACAGGCUUCCGCAUACAUGAUUGGUCAGUUGGAGAUCCAAAAGUUAAGGGAAUACACAGUAAAGAGGCUGAAGGAGAAAUUUACCUUGAAAGAAUUUCAUUAUCAGGUAAAU